AUGUCUUUUAGUGGAUACUCACUUCCAAACAGUGUCCCCUAUUUCCAAUCCUUUCCUUUAUUAAAUUAUCAUCAAAUUCAGACCAAUUUGAAAAGAGCAGCACGAACUGUUGCAACCUCAACCUCACAAAUGGCCCUUACUUCCAAUAGUAUCAUUACCAAUCCACUACAAAUCGUACUAGUUGAUACUAUAACUCAUCCAUUAAUAUUUAAUUGCUUAAUAUGUUUAAGUUCUUGUUAUUUAGAACGCAAUGGUUACAAGUCUUUUACAAAUACAGAGAUUAUAAACAACAACAAUCAUCAAAUUAGACUCCAGUUGAAUGAAAUUUUUUUAAGAUUUAACUUGUCCAGUCUAAAAGAGUUACAAUUGAUUAUAUCCUCAAUUAGUAUUAACGGGGAUUUAAACAAUUUCAAUAUAGGAAUAUCUGGUUCUAUAUUAUUGAAUUUUAUCAAUUUUUAUGAUGAUAAUUUGACAUCGUUCACAUUUUCAAAUGGUUUACUACAAUUGAUUAAAGACUCGCCUGAGCUUUCACUUCAGCAACAGCAACAAGAACCAGGACCCAUCAUUAUUACUUCCAGGUCUAAUAUUGAGUACCCUUCAUUCAUUGAAAACCUUUCAUUAUUUAGUAAGUCUUAUUAUUUUCCUAAUUAUUAUUGGAUGUGUUUAACUGAAUUCAAAGAAAUUCUAGAGAAAUUUAAAAGGUUUAUAACUCAUGAUUAUAUCUUUCCAAAUUAUCAUUUAUUGAAUCAAUUUUUAUCCCAAGUUUUACAAAUUGUAAUGCAACCAAACAAUGAUUCUAGUGGUUCACCGCCUGGUUUCAACGAUCCUGUGAUAUUGAAAAAGUUAUUACAAAAUUGGUUAAUCAUCCUACCAAGCAAUAUACAUCUUUUAGGAUUGAAUCACAAUUGGAGACAGGGGUUUAAUGAUCAAGAACUUGUACUAUUAUUGUUGUUUAAAUGCUUGGGUAAAAUGUUAGAUAAUAUUUUCCCCAAAGUGAUGUUUUACAAUUUACAUACCUUUGGGACUUCAUAUAAUUUCCCUUCAUGCAAUCAUCCACAACAGCAACAGCAACAACAACAGCUGUUUCAAGCAUCUUCAUCAAUUCAGCUACAACCGUUUAUUAACUAUUGUUUGAAAGUGUACAAUUAUUUUGAAUCUCGAACCAAUUUAUUAAACAAUUUACUAAUGAAUAACAUGAACAAAAUUUCCCCAUUUAUAAAAUCGAUUAAUGAAAUUCCAAUUAUAAAAUUUAACAACACGGUAUCUAUUCAUCCAUAUAACUAUUUGCAUUUUCCACAAUCUAUUCAACUACCAAUUGAGAAUUUAUCAAACAUAAAUGAAUAUUUCAAGCAUUCAGCGAACCAUAAUAUCCCUUACACAUACAAUAUUCAUCAUGGGAAACAUUUUAAAUACUGUUUCUUAAAUAAUCCCGGUAUCCAAUUUCAUUUAUUUAAUAGAGGUUUAAGUAUUCAAAACACUUCAGGAAGUGGAGGAUCCACAGAUGAUUUUUCAUUUAGAGAUACCAUAUUUGCAUCGUAUUAUGAUUUAAUAAGUAAAAAUUUAUGCAAAGCAUAUGAAGAGUUAUUUAAAGAAUUCCCAUCAUCAGCAAAAGAUGAUCAACCAAAUAAGAGAACUCACAAUAAUGAACUACUACCAACUCCAAUAUUUGUAAUUUUGCUGAAUGAGAAUAAAUAUCAAGAACAAGAUGGACAAUUGAUCCAAUGGUUAAAUAUAUUUGAUCAACUUAGGAAAAUAGAAUUUGAACAAAUACCAUCUAUUUCAAGUUAA